AUGGCGGCAGUAAGUACGGGCAGCAGGUCUACAAGAAAGCAUGCCAUGGCUAGGGAAGAAAAAGAACGCUUUCGUGCCAUUAAUGAACAACCGGUUGAUGAUAUAACGUUAGAAUUUUUCUAUCAGCCUCAUACCAUCAGUCUUCUCUCUUUAUGUAUUUGCGGGUUGCUUUAUGUUGCCUUCAUGAGAGAUGAUGUAAAUUCAGAUGAUAAUAUUUGGAAUGGUCUUUGCUGUAUGGUGUUUAUCUUUCUAGUUAUCAGUGUAUUGGCAUUUCCAAAUGGUCCUUUCACAAGACCUCAUCCUGCAUUAUGGAGGAUUGUGUUUGGACUCAGCGUUCUCUACUUCAUGUUGCUGGUGUUCCUGCUAUUCCAGAACACUCAAGACACACGCAAAAUGUUAGGUUGGGUAUAUCCAGAUUUGAAGAAUGGAACACCUGAUGAAAAGGAAUAUGCAGUGAAUUGUUCAGACAUCAGUCUAGCUCGGCUGUGGGAACAUAUUGAUUUCUUUGCAUUUUCUCAUUUCUUUGGUUGGGCACUCAAAGCUCUCCUCAUUCGACACUAUGGAAUUUUGUGGACAAUCAGUGUCUUGUGGGAACUCACAGAAGCAGCAUUUGUGCAUCUGUUACCCAACUUUGCUGAGUGCUGGUGGGAUGCAUGGGUACUUGAUGUCUUAAUUUGUAAUGGCUUCGGCAUUUAUCUUGGAAUGUUAGUGUGUCAGAAGUUGGAAAUGAGAAAUUACUAUUGGGAGAGUAUCAAAGAUAUCCAUUCCACAACUGGCAAAAUCAGAAGAGCAGUUUUGCAGUUUACACCAUCCAGCUGGACCCAUGUGAGGUGGCUUGAUCCCAACUCCUCCUACAUGAGGGUGCUAGCUGUCGGUAUUCUGGUUAUGAUAUGGCAGGUUGCAGAAUUGAAUUUAUUUUUCAUUAAGCAUAUAUUUAUGAUUACUCCUGCACAUCCUGUCAAUGUAAUCCGAGCCAUGCUUAUUGCUCUUGUAUCAGCACCUUCAAUCAGGCAAUAUUACAUGUACGUCACUGACACCCAGUGUAAGAGGGUUGGCACGCAGUGCUGGGUAUUCUGUGCAAUUACUUUAACUGAAGCCAUUGUAUGUAUCAAGUUUGGAAUGGACCUUUUUAAGAAUGCUGAAAUGGGAUGGAUUGUAUUCUGGUUCGGUGUUCAGCUUCUGGGAAGUCUUGCUUGUGUCUAUUUAUGUGCACUCUUUGCAAAAAGGAAUGAGCAUAAAAUGGAUGCAGAUGGUGAUGGUAUGGAUAGUGACAGUGCAUCUCGAGUUACACCUAUCCACCAGCAGUACUUUGUGCAACAUCGAUCAUGCUGUACUCCAGAGAAGACUCCCAGCAGUAGUAAUAGCAGUCCUGAUACAGAAUUUAGUAGUUCUCCAAUACUUCGACAAAGAGCAAAGGAAUCGUUGACAAAUGGAGCUCUCUGA